UUAAUAUUCGAUCGAAACGCUACGGGCUUACGAUAUUUCCCUCAUUUCGCUUUGCACUCCAUAGCUCAUAAGCUCCGCUACAUUCAAAUCAUCUUCAUGUUCAUGCAUAGAGGAAUAUACUCGCGUUUACUCUUACUUUCAGAAUCUGAUUUGUAAGGGCCAAUUCUUUGAGUACGCUAUGGAAAUGGAUUUAAUAACAAGUGGCGUGGCUGAAGAAGACUCUCUUCUUGAACUCGAUGAUUACAACAGUAGUGAUGUUGCUAAUUUCGGAGGUGAAAGGUGUGGUAUUUGCAUGGAUAUUAUCAUUGAUAGGGGGGUUCUGGAUUGCUGCCAACACUGGUUCUGUUUUGUAUGCAUUGAUAACUGGGCUACAAUCACGAACCUUUGCCCUCUUUGCCAACAUGAGUUUCAAUUGAUCACUUGUGUUCCUGUAUAUGAUACUAUUGGGAGCAGCAAAGUUGACGAGGACUCUUAUUCUAGUGAUUUAUGCAGAGAUGAUGAUUGGUCCAUCGAAGGGAAGAAUAACACUCUCUCGUUUCCAUCUUAUUAUAUUGAUGAAAAUGCAGUUAUCUGCUUGGAUGGAGAUGGUUGCAAAAUUCGAAGUGGAUCAGCCACCACUGAGGGAGAUUCCAAUCUUGAUACAUCAAUUGCUUGUGAUUCAUGUGAUAUAUGGUAUCAUGCUUUCUGUGUGGGAUUUGAUCCUGAAGGCACAUCUGAGAAUACUUGGUUAUGCCCAAGGUGUGUUGUUGACGAGGUUCCACUGAAGCCAGAUGAUAAUUUAGAACAGGGUUAUAACUAUCCGUAUAGUUCUGAAAAUGCAAAUACAGAGUGUACAGCCGGGGACACUUACUCUAAGAAGGUGUCAAUUUCUGUUGCUGAUGCUGGGGAAACAGCUAUAGUGGUCUCUAUGGUUGGAGGGAGUAAAUUAACUGAAGAACCAAGGGAUAAUAUUCUGCCAACGGUUGAAGUUGAUAAGGACUUGGUGACUCAAACUUUUAUCUUGACUUCUGUAGAUGAUAGUCGGAAGUUGACAGCAUCAUCCAUGGAAAUAUCAACAACUCAACAGUCUUUGAAGGCACGGGAACUUGAAUUGUCCUUAUCAUGUGAUAUAUCCUUAAAUGUUGAUAAAUCAACAAAUGAGCAUAGUGGUUUUGGAGGCAAUAAAAGUUCUUCGGUGGAGUUAGCUGAGGAAUCACACAUCAGUAAUAAUCUCUCUGAUAAUAGUUCUGGCAUGGGUCUUCAUCUCGGUCUUUCUGUGGGAUCAUUCUUAUCUGUUGAUGAAAUGGAUAAUAAUGGAUCUAAAGAUCAAAUGAAUGAAGAUGUAAAGCAGAACAACGAUACAGAGGAGAAUAUAUUUAAAGCUGAUAAAAAUAUAGCCAAUGCUGAAGAGGAUGUGUCUGGUACAACUGCUGUAAAGAGAAAGCAUUCAGACUGCAGGGGUGGUGAAACUAAGAUUGAGAUUGAAGCUUCUUCAAAGAAAAUAAAAACUGAGGAGAGGAUUCUACCAAUUUCGCCUAAGGACAAGACCGGGUCAUCUGCUUUAGAUGACUCUAAAAAUGGCAUGCUGGUAGCAAAUCCUAGCAAUGAUAAGGAGAGUUGUCCUGAAAAGGAGAAUGCCCCUUCUGACAUAAUGAGUAUUGUUCAAGGGAAAGACCGUAAACCUUCCAAGGGAACUCGAUGCCCGAAUUCUGGUGAUAAAUCGUCAAAAGAACCAGAAAACAUGGCUGGCUUGAGAGUAAAGAAGAUCAUGAAGAGAACUGCUGAGGAUAAUGAGUCAUCCAUGGCAGUUCAAAAUCUAAGAAAAGAAAUAAGAGAAGCAGUUCGUAACAAAUCUGCAAAAGAUCUUGAUGAAAAUCUUUUUGAUCCAAAGCUUCUUGCUGCCUUUAGGGCAGCUGUUUCGGUACCUAAAGCUGAUUCUGUUAAAGCUUUGACGCAUUUGGCUGUGAAAGGAAGGAAGGCAAUGUUGCAGAAGGGUAAGGUGCGUGAGAAUCUAACAAAGAAAAUAUAUGCUACUAAUGGAAGGCGGAAACGUGCAUGGGACCGUGACUGUGAAGUUGAAUUCUGGAAGCAUCGAUGCCUGAGUGCUUCAAAGCCUGAAAAGAUUCAGACAUUAAAGUCAGUUCUCGAUCUUCUAAGGAAGGGACCAGAGAGCGCUGAAACAGAACAAACAUCUGAAAGACAGGCCACCAAUCCAAUUCUUUCUCGGCUAUAUUUAGCUGAUACAUCUGUAUUCCCACGGAAGGAUGAUAUCAAGCCACUAUCUGCUCUUAAAACAGCUGGUGAUUCGGAUAGACAACCCACAGCAGGGAAAUUUCUGAAGGCUUCUCUUAGUGCUCCAAGUUCUGCAGAGACUGACAAGGGCCUGUCCAAGGUUGGGAAAAAGAACAUCUUUCCGAGCCAAAAGGGUAAUGCUGCUUCUAGUAAAGCUCAUCCAAGCCGACACUCAGAAGGGUCAUCAGUUCCUUCAUUAGGCAGUUCCAAAUCUAAUACCUGUAAGGAAGUUGCUGCUAAAUCUGAUGAUAUGAAAAAGGAUAAAAGAAAAUGGGCCUUAGAGGUUCUUGCCCGAAAAACAAGUGGUGCACGUGAGGGUGCAGCAAAUGAAAGCCAGGAAGACCUUGCUGUGUUUAAAGGAAGUUAUCCUUUGCUAGCUCAACUACCAAUUGAUAUGAGACCGACUUUGGCUCCCAGUCGGCACAAUAAAAUUCCCAUGUCAGUGAGGCAGGCACAGCUUUACCGCUUAACAGAGCACCUUUUGAGGAAAGCAAAUCUGCCAGUCAUCCGUAGAACUGCAGAAGCAGAGUUAGCUGUGGCAGAUGCAAUUAAUAUAGAAAAGGCAGUUGCUGACCGUUCGAACAUCAAGCCAGUGUAUCUGAAUCUAUGCUCCCAGGAGAUAUUGCAUCGAUCAGAAACCAGCAAGUCCAGUGGAACCCCAGAGAUUGAUAACUCAGUUCCAUCUGCAAAGGAAAAUUCAGACAAUCUUGUAAUUGAGGAUGCACUGAAAAAUGCUGGUCUUCUCUCUGAUUCUCCUCCAAAUAGCCCAGAUCAAAGCAUGGAAAAUCUGCCUGAAGAAGGAUCCUCAAAAAGUAUCAGAGAAGAAGGGCCCGAGGAUGUAUUUGAAAUGGAUGAUUGCCCGGGUCUUGAUAUUUAUGGUGAAUUUGAGUAUGAUUUGGAUGAUGAGGACUACAUUGGUGUCAGUGCUGCAAAAGUCUCUAAGGUCGUACAACCGGAAGAGGGUGCUUCAAAAAUGAAAGUAGUCUUUUCUACAUUAAUCUCUGAAAGAUCAGGCACUGCUCUGGAUUCGGAAAAGACAGAGAAUUCAGGGAUUGCAGAAGUGCAAAAGGAUUCUUCCUGCAUACCUGGGAACCAUUCUGGUGCAGGGUCAACCAAGGAGGAUGGGAUUGAAAAUCCUUGCAUUCCUCAAGAAACAUUAUUCGGGGAAGAAGGUGAAGAGCCUUCUGUUGCAGAGUGCGAAGAACUCUACGGCCCAGAUAAAGAACCCUUGAUAAAUAAAUUUCCAGAAUCUAUAAAGCCCUAUGAUUUAAGUAAUGCAGAAGCUUCUGCUGGAAAUGAACAUUCUAAGACUCACGAAACUGGUGUGCGAAACCAAGCAAUUAAAGCAUCUGAAUUAGGAAAUGAAAGCUACUCAGAGAAAUCUGCGAGUGUAGGUCACAACUCCUCUGCUGGAGAAACUUCACCUAACCAUUCCGAAAUAAGUGAAACUGUUCGACAGAAGGAGAAGAAACCUAAUGCAGAUACUACAAAGCGGUCAGACAGCUCCAUUUCUAACAAGGUGGAAGCUUACAUCAAAGAGCACUUGAGGCCAUUGUGCAAAAGUGGGGUAAUCACAGUUGAACAGUAUAGAUGGGCUGUGGCAAAAGCAACUGAGAAGGUUAUGAAGUACCAUUCUAAAGCCAAGAACGCUAACUUUCUCAUCAAGGAAGGGGAAAAAGUGAAGAAACUCUCGGAGCAGUAUGUCGAGACGGCCAAGCAGAAGUUGAAAGGCGAUCUUUUGUAAAGAACAGACAUGUUGUCAAUUCUCAUAUUCUUCACCUUGUUCCAUUAUUUGGAGCUUUAGCUCCGCCCCGGCUAAUCUUUGUAAAGAUGACUAAACACAGAAGGAGGCAUUGUACAAGAUUUGAUAAUCCUAAAGGCUCUGUUUUUAUGUGCCUUUUCUCUUCA